UCAAAAAUGAUCCAACUCGACAACCAACUAUCCGAACGUUUAGGCCUCUUUUCCGAUCCACAAUCGAUCUACAAAGAUAUUAACAACAAUCCAAAUAAAGAAAAACAAUCAAAGAGCGACAAAUAUUCUCUCCGUCCACGAUCUACACGUAGAAAACAUUCAUCAGACGAGGAAGAAUACGAAGGCAAUCCAAAACCCCAAACGAACAAUAAGAAACUAAAACAAAAACCCGCCCCUUUAAGCAAAUAUCGUCGAAAAACGGCAAACGCACGAGAGCGAUGUCGGAUGAAGGAGAUAAACACGGCGUUCGAAACGUUGAGAAAAGUCGUACCGCAGAUAGCGCCACAGCAGCAACAAAACGAAAAAUUAACUAAAAUAACUACUCUCAGGCUAGCCAUGAGAUACAUAUCAACGCUAUCGGAAGCAUUAGAUAAAAAUAUAUGCCAAGUAUUGAAUAAUCAAAAAAUGUCUUCCUCUUCUUGUGACGAUUUGGAAAGUUUGUUUUUGGAAUCCGACGGGGAGUCUUUAACCUUGCAUAGUGACGUUUCUGAACAAUCUGUGACAUCUUCGGAUUUUGGUGUGGAAUUAAGUAGUGAUUCGUUCGGUGCUAUGGAUUUCGAGUCCUUCUCGAAAGAUAUUUCCGAAAAUUUGACUUGUUUCGAUGCGUUUCUAGUGAAUUUUAGUUAAAAAUUAAUUUAAAAUUAUACAAAAG